AUGAUUAUCUUUGCUCUAUUUCUUCUCACAAUCGCGUGCAUUGUGUCGGUUCCUGUCAUACCAACUUUAGACAAUGCUGAGGAAGCUGCCCAAUACAAGAAAUAUUUAGAAGAGGCACCAAAAGCAAUAAACGUGGAUCCUCAAACAUUGGCUUCGGCUCGAAAAGUUUUUGGAGAAAAUUCUUCUUUAGAUGAUUUAUUACUACUUUGGAAUACAAGUUUACGAGAUAAACACGAUGAAACAAAACGUCAUCUAGUCGAAAAACUUAUAAAAUCUCAUUUGAAGAAAGCAGCGGAUAGUCAUCCUAACACAAUGGGCGGCAUUGUCUACAAUAGCAUUCCGGGAUAUGAAACGGAAUCACCGAAAAAAGUUGUUGAUCAGUUGAAAAAACUAGAUACUGAUCAGGAAAAGAAGUACCAAGAGCAUGUAGCUAAAGAAAAAAGUGAUAUGGUACGGAAAUUCAGUAAAUUCACAGAAGAAGAGCGUGCUAGGAUGCUUAAGAGUUUGAAAGAACAGGCUGAAAAACACAAAAGUCAUCCUAAAAUUUACCAACCAGGAAGUCAAGAUCAGCUUAGAGAAUAUUGGGAAAAAUAUGAGGGGUUGGAUAAGGAAUCAUUCAAUUCUCGAACGUUAUUUGCUGAUAUUGAUUUAGAUGGAGACGGUUAUCUGAAUAUCCAUGAAGUUGAAGCACUUUUACAAAGAGAACUUGAAAAGGUUUAUAAUCCUGAAGAUCCAGAUUACGACCCAUGGGAAGAAAAGUAUGAUCAAAGUAGAAUGCGACAAAAAUUUAUGGAACGAUUCGAUACAGAUGGUGAUUACUUUGUUUCCCGUGAUGAAUUUCUAAGAGGUGUUAAUCAACCUUAUCCAUCAUAUGACAGUGAUUGGAUGACUGCUCAAGAUGAAGAGGAUAUGUUUGAAACAAAUGAAGAGGAAUUAAGAAGAUUAGCUAGUGAAGCACAAUUAAAAGAACAAAAUCAUUUGACUCAUGAACCGGAUCGUCAGCAAACAACAACACAACAGCCUAAGGUACAAAAUGUAUAG